AUGGUUUACUGUGGCCGCGAGCAUCAGGUUGAACACUUUCCCGAGCACAAAUCCGCCCGCAAAGCUAUCGAAAGGGCCCGAGCUUCCCUGGAAGAGCAAGAGCAGAUUUUGCGUGAUUCAUCGAGCAGCGACCCCUUCAUUCAGGGCAGUAUCAACGAGUUCGGACCCGAGAUGCGCUCUUAUAUACUCCAUCGAUGCGUGCUAGUGGGGAUGAUCAGUGGGAUCAACACUCGGGAAGCCGUCGAAAAGCAGUUGCAGCAUUCCAUGGAGAUGCUUCGCCUAUCUCCGAACGACAACCUGGGUGAACGCAAGACUGUAGCUCCGAUGAUGAUUCGCCUCAAUCAGGACCGGGAAUGCUAUGCUUUUCUCAAGUCUUGGGUGCUGGUUUCCAAUCACUCCUAUGACAACUGGAGCAAUCCUGGGUUGCCACACUUCGAUGUCGAGAAUGCUAACAUAUUCGAGCCCGUAAAUAUUUUUUUGGGCUUGAAUAUCGGGAUCUCCCUAACCGUGCCUCUUUUUCUUCUGAAGCUGAAGACAUUUCUCGAUCUCAGCCUAGUGGAAGCUCAAAAGGGCGUUGCUCUGUCUACUGGUCCCGUCGGGAGUUCUCGAGAUCAAGCAUUUCUAUCGACCCCCAACUUCACCGAUCAGACCACUCGCAUUUCCAUUCUUUCGGGGCUCCAAAUUCAAGUGGACAUGCUGUUCAACGAAGUCAGCAGGACACACGCCGACUUUUGGCCCGCUCUCCUCAAUCCCCGAGAAUUUCUUGAGCGCCCUUUCUUGAUUACAAGUGGAGGAGAAGAUGUCGUGGAUGAGACGCAGGGAAUUCUGAGUGCCUCAUAUGACGCUUGGCGUGACACGAUCGGUGCAAUCACCUUCGUUGAGGGGAAACUCAACCAGUGA